AUGCCUGCCAAUUCUGGCAAACCAUCCAUUCCAUCAUGGCAACGAGGCAAGCCGUCGACCAUAUUGCAAGCGAAGCAAGAGUCGGCAAAGGAAGCAAAUGGCGGAGUGGAAGAUGUUGACAUUAGAGAUGAGAACAAGCAAGGAGUAGCUGAAGUAGAUGAGUCCACAGAUAUGGAAGAUUCGUUUCCGCCAGAGCACAGCGAUGCACAACUCGAGAUGGUCGAGGCAUUCCUUGCAGACCCACAGGUCAAAGAUGAGUCCGUGGACAAGAAGCGUGCCUUCCUGGAAAGCAAGCAGAUACCGGUGGAGACCAUCGACCAGGUGAUCAAGCCGAAAAGUACACCCACCCGUGCUUUCACGACAGCCGACUUCACGUCAUUCCAACAAAGUCGACCACCACAAGGUCAACCCACACAAGCUGCAGCGCAACGACAAGCUUCGGCUAACACACCUCCCAUUAUCACCUACCCAGAAUUCCUGGUCGAGGCACACAAACCACCACCACUGAUAACGCCAGGAAGAUUGAUCGGCGCAACUUACUUUGCUGCUGGACUGGCCACUCUCUUCUACGGCGCAAGCAACUUCUUCGUCAAACCCAUGACAGACAGCCUGACCGGGGCACGACAUGAUUUCGCCAAUCACAGCCAAAGCAAAGUAGACGAAUUCAACGAGCGUUUGAGGAAGAUCGUAAGCAAGGUACCUGAACCUCAUCCUGCGCUACCGACGCCAGAGAUUGAGGCCGACGAUGUCGAGAGUGUCACCUCGGAUCCAACAGAGCUCUAUAAUCGCGACAUGGGGACUCAAACCUCACCACUACCAUCCAGACGAUCCUCGGAUCCAUUCGUUGACGGUGCUGGCACAGCUAGCCAGGUCACAUCCGUUGAGCACCACGUCAAAGACUUGGGCAGCAUCAGCUCUCAUCUCAACGAACUGACCGAAGGUCUGGAACGCUCGAAGUCUUCUAACAUCGAGAGGAAGGACAACAUGACUAAGCUGCGACACCAGCUUGACAUGAUGAUUUACGGUAGUCCCAUGAGCAGUCUAUGGGGCGAUUCGGAAGAUGCAACGAAGACGGCUGCUAAGCCUGUCGAGCAUACCGCUAUGGAUGAUUUGAAGAAGGAGAUUAGAGGUGUGAAAGGGGUAUUGUUGAGUGCUAGGAGGUUUCCCGGGGCUGGGGUUGGGAGGAUAGGGUCAUAG